CAGAGACCGCCGCUCCUUCUCCUUGCAUCACUGAUAAUGUGCAAAAAUGAUGAUCGGAGAGUCUCCGCAUUCAAGUCCGACAGUCCAAAUCCCAGCUUUGGACCCCUUCUUCGAUGAGCCAUCUUCACCCGUGCCUUCUCCAUUUGCUAAUUGUGGAAAUUCCAGUUCGCCUUUUCUCGACUCCUUAACGGCGCUCCACCGAUACCUUCCGUCGAACGAGCCUGACACGUUGAGCGAUGACCUGGACUUGCCUGUGGAUGCCUUCUCGUGUGAUCAUUUUCGUAUGUACGAGUUCAAGGUGAGGCGCUGCGCACGUGGUCGGUCACAUGACUGGACCGAAUGUCCGUACGCUCAUCCCGGAGAGAAAGCUCGCCGUCGAGACCCACGCAGGUAUCAUUACUCUGGUACGGCAUGCCCAGACUUUCGCAAAGGUGGUUGCAAGAAAGGGGACGCCUGUGAGUUUGCUCAUGGAGUUUUUGAGUGUUGGCUUCAUCCGGCUCGAUAUCGUACCCAACCAUGCAAGGAUGGUCCAGCAUGUCGCCGCCGGGUGUGUUUCUUCGCUCAUACUCCUGAUCAGCUUCGGGUCUUGCCACAGCAGAGUCCGAGAGGAAACGGGUCUGGAUCGGGUGAUAUAGAGGUUGGCUCAUCUCUGAGGCACCAUUUUGACCCUUACUUGACUAAGUGUGGGUCUUUUCACUCCUCACCAACGUCUAUUUUAGCUUCCCCGCCUAUGUCUCCGCAGUCGGAUUCGCCUCCAAUUUCGCCUAGUAGUCCCCAGGUGGUCGGCGGGUCGUUCAACUCCAUGAGCGAGCUCGUUGCGUCUAUGCGGGGUUUGCAACUUGGUAAGAUGAACGUGGGACCUGCCUCGUGGGGCAUGCAGAAUGGAUCCGGGUUUGAGUCGCCACGUGGAUCGUCUUUACGUCCAGGGUUUUGCAGUCUUCCAUCGACUCCCACACGGACCAUGGGUCGAUCUGGACUGGGUCAGUCGGACUUCUGGGACCCUAGUUUAGGCGAAGAGCCUGCAAUGGAGAGGGUGGAAUCUGGAAGGGACUUGAGGGCAAAGAUGUAUGCAAAGCUGAGUAAAGAGAACUCACUGGACCGGGCUAACUCAGCCGGUUCAGCACCUGAUGUUGGGUGGGUUUCUGAGCUGGUGAAGUGAAGCCGAGUAGGAAUCGGCUUCGAUUUUCAUUCUUUUUGUUGUUUUGUAAUGGGAAAUUAAUUUCGGUGGCCGUUGACUGUUCUCCGACUGUGAAUAUGAAGAAGAAUUUGAAACUUUGGUGAUCACUCCUCUGUAAAUACCAGAUGAGGAGAGAGAUUUCAAGAAUCUCCGUUUUGUGGCACCGGCGAAAAGGAACGGGAAAAAAGGCAGCGACUUUUGUGUAUAGAGAAGAAGGAUUUGUUAUGGCUUCCCGAUAGCGUGGUAGCUGUGUGUCAGUUUGUUCAUCAAAUUUUCUUUUGAAUGAUAAUAUUUGUUGUUCAUCAUUUUCAUCUAAUUUUCCCGGAAAAUUAAUCUAUGUAAUUCGUUCUGUUUGUCUAAUCAAUGUAAUUAUGUUGAUUUAUCUUA